AUGGCUGCUACCCAUAACUCGGAGCUCUGUGGCCACGGAAAAGUGGCCCAGAUUCUGACGCAGGUGCUGCUAAGAGACUCAUGGACUGUCACAAGCGUCAUCCGAACAAAGGAUCAAGUCCCUCAGAUCGCAAGCUUGGCACCUGCAAGUGAGAACAACUUGAACGUCCUUGUUCAUAGCAUCGAGACUGCUAAAGACGUCUCUCAGGCCAAAGACCUUCUCUCCAAAGUGAAGCCUGAUGUUGUGACGUUUGCUAUUGAUCGAGAUGUCGCCGUUAACUUCAUCAAGGCCGCUGUGAAAACGCCUACGAUCAACAAGUUCAUCCUCAUUUCCUAUCUGGCCUGUCGUCAAAGGCCUCCCCACUGGUGGAACGACGCAUCAUGGAAAUACGCUCAAGAGAUGCAAAGCGGAUAUCUGAAGGACUACUGCCAGGCCAAGUUGGCUGCGGAUAAGAUUCCGCUUCAGGAAGCAUCGAAGCGAGGCGACUUUGUAGGCAUAAGUCUUGAACCUGGCAUGUUGUCGGAUGAGUCCGCGGGGCAGGUUGAACUGGGCAAAACUGCCGGAUCCGAGGGCGACGUGAGCCGUGAGAGGUGUUGGUUGGGUAUGCUUGACGGUGAUCAAGAUGUAGAGGCUGCUGUUGACAGUGUUGUGACGAACCGAGAUAAUGCGGCUGAGGGCGAGGACGUUUACUUGGUGUAG